AUGGCUCGCCAUUUCGUCCAUUCGCUUGUUUUGACAGCGGUCCUCAGCCCCCUCGUUAAUGCUGGACCAUGUCGCCCCUCAUCCAGUUCUACUCUUACUGCCACUGUCGCGACUACAACAAAAGAGUCCACUUCGGUCGAGUCACUGUCAACUCUCCUUACUUCGACCAUUGUUGAGUCCGAGACCACAGGCUCUGCUACCAGUCUUGAGGCAACUACCACAACUACUUCAUGCUCUACGCAGCCUUUCCCAUGGGAGAUUAGCUCCUCUGUAACUACUACGACCUCCGAGGAGUCUAUUGCUACCACCACCACGACCGAAACUGCAGCGACCACCACCGCUGCAGAAGAACCAUUCGAGUGCCAAAAUAAUCUCAAAGUCCCUGCUCCUGCGAAUGCGGCUUGCGGCAUUUCUGGCUACCGUCCCUCAGUCCCACAAGGCGCCAAAGCGAUAGGCUAUGGUUCUGUCGAAUCCCUUUCCGCUUGCUACCAGUCCUGUAUGGAAAAGGCCAACUGUGUUACUUUUGCUUUCAUGGAGAAUUCCUUCUGUGAUCUGUGGAAAGGCGCCGUUGGAGAGACAGAUGGCUCAGAGACAGACUUCAAGUGGUAUGAGACCCGCUGCUUUUGCGAUACCGGUAUCGAGCCAGCGCCUACCUGCGAAGACACGAAUAUUAUCAAGAAUGCCGGCUGGGACACUGGAAAGUUCUCGCCGUGGAAGUACUACUCUGUGGCUGAAGAUCGAGAUAUUGUUGAUUUCAGCAUUAAAGCUGGCGGAGCCGAUGGAACGGGCUACAGAUUUCAGACUGGAAACUUCCACUACGACAAGUCCAUGUGGCUGUACCAAGAUCUCACGGCCUGUCCUGGCAUCACCUUACAAUGCUCAUUCAAGUGGAUGUGGGACAAGUACUAUGGAAUCGCUCAAGAUAACGGGGAUACCUUGGUCCCAUAUGUCAGAAUAUAUCAGGACAAUGCUAGUCGCGCUCACGUCAGCGAAUACCCAAGAAGUAGUGCCGACACCCAGCGAUGGAUUGAGUCAGAUUCCUUCUACUUUACUAUCCCUGCCAGUGGUAAAACAAGGAUUUGGUAUGUUGCUAGCAGUCCUCAGGGUGAAUGGAUCAACACUAGCACUGAGCCCUACAAGUCAAACUGGGUUCACAGGACAAACAAACUUGCUUUGGACUCGCUUAUUUGUAACCCUGUUUAA